GGUUAACAUUCAUUCUUUUGAGAUUAAUAAAAAACCAAGAAUUGAUUAUCUGCGCAUUUGAAAUGUGGACUUAAAUGUGCUUAAACUUUUUCUCCACUCUGUAGAUGAAGUCUACGUGAUUCUUUAUUCUGAAUCUAAAUUCAAUAAUAAAUUUCAAAUUAUUUUGUCAGUUCUAUCAUGGAUCGAAUAAACCUUGAAGUACUCUGUGGUGACUCGCCUUUAUGGGAUUAUAAUUUAUCAUGGAACUCGACAGUACCCAAAUUGACCCGUUGUUUCCAUCAAACAAUACUGAAUUGGUUGCCGACAAUAUUUUUAUGGCUAUUCUCCGUUUACGAACUCACAAGAACUGGUCGAAUAAAAAAUAAACCAAUUCCUUGGAAUCUAAAGAAUCGGUUUCGUUUAAUUUUAUCCAUUUCAUGUUUACUUAUCAAUGCUUUCCAGUUGGUCGACAUCAUCUAUCGAUACUUCAACUCAUCCGACCAACCGACUCCAUCUGAUUUUUACGCACCAUUACUUAAUAUUGCUUCAUUCACUUUAAUUAGCCUCUUCUUUUAUUACCAUCGCAUUCGUGGGAUUCAUACAAGUGCUGUGCUAUGGAUUUACAUAUUUCUCCAAACAAUUUGCACAUUCCUCAUCAGUUACCAAACUUGGGUCGACUCUUCAGAGUAUUCCCACCUUGAAUGUGGCCUUUUCAAUGUUUACUUUGCAUUAGUCGCUCUUCUGUUGAUUAUCGUUUCAUUUGCUGAUGGUCCAGUUCAUCAACUAGAAGAUUUUGAAUUGACAAUUUAUCCAAAACAAGAUGACAACCGUCCGACCAAUCCAGAAAACGAGUCAUCUUUCCUCAGCUACCUCGUCUUUUCAUGGUUUGACAAAAUGGCUUUACUGGGAUUGAGAAAGGCUUUAACAACUCAAGAUCUUUGGAGACUUCAAGAUGACUUUAAAACUGAAAAUAUCACAACAACUUUCGAGAUGAAAGUGAAAAAGUCUCAAAAGACAUCGGAAGGCGCAAAAGAAUUUAAAGGAAUAAAUAUUUUACCAGUUUUGGUGAAAACCUUUGGAAGUUAUUUCAUAGUCGGAGCUUUUUUCAAGCUCUGUCAAGAUAUCCUUCAAUUUGUUCAACCAAAGUUGUUGGGAUAUCUCAUUGAAUUCAUCAAAAAUCACUCAGAGGAACCAGUUUGGCAUGGGUUUUUGAUUGCUUUCGCCAUUGCAAUCGUAACUUUUGCGAAAACCAUUUUCGUCAAUCACUAUUACAAUCGCAUGUCUAUUGUUGGAAUGAAAGUUAGUUCAGCUCUAACUGCAGUCAUCUACAAAAAGUCUAUCAACCUCGGAGAUAAAGCACGAAAAGAUGUGACCACAGGUGAAAUUGUCAACUUAAUGUCUGUCGAUGCCAAAACGUUCUUGAAUCUGAUGCCACAAAUCAACUUGAUCUGGUCUUGUCCUUUGCAAAUUGGGAUAUCCAUUUAUUUCCUUUACCAGGAAUUGGGUUAUUCAUCUUUUUUUGGUUUAGCUGCAAUGGUUAUAGUGAUGCCAUUCAACAGUUUUAUGGUAAAAUGGUGUCAAAAAUUUCAGGUUAAGUUUAUGAAACACAAAGACGAAAGAGUUAAAUUUAUGAAUGAAGUUCUUAGUGGAAUCAAGAUUUUGAAGUUUUAUGCUUGGGAGGAAUCAUUUUUGGACCAUGUCAAUGAUUUACGGCACAAAGAACUGACUCACUUGAAAAGAUUAUCAUAUCUCGAGUGCGCUACAUCAUUUCUAUGGAUUUGCUCUCCUGCAUUGGUUUCUGUCGCCACAUUUGCUGCCUAUGUCUUGAUUCAAGGUGAAACACUCACAGCUUCAAAGGCUUUUGUUUCAUUAUUUUUAUUACAGAUCCUUCAAGCUCCAGUAACAAUGCUUCCAGACUUGCUAUCUAUGUAUAUUAGGGCAUCAGUAUCCGUUAGACGAAUCAACAAAUUUCUUAAUCGUGAUGAUUUGGAUCAAUAUGUAACAAGAAAUGACGAGAUUGAUGCCAUCUCGAUCGAUAGUGCUUAUUUCAAGUGGAAUAAAAAGACAGAAGAAAAUGAAGAAACGAAAUCAAAGACAACUCGCAAACCUGAAAUUGGCGAGGAUGAACCAAAGGAUGUUUGCACUAAUUUGCUCAAUGAUGAACCAGCAUUGAAAAAUAUCAAUAUGAGUGUUAAAACUGGCUCAUUCGUGGCAAUCAUUGGAUCUGUUGGUUCAGGAAAAAGUUCAUUAUUAAGCGCCAUUUUGGGUGAGAUGGAAAAAGUAAAAGGUCGAAUCAAUAUUAAUGGUAAACUAAAGAUAGCAUAUGUCGCUCAACAAGCUUGGAUACAAAACGCAACAUUACGAGAUAAUAUUUUAUUCGGUAAACCUUUCGAUAAAACUAAAUAUGAUGAAGUAAUAGCCGCUUGUGCUCUUGAACCAGAUUUAGCUUAUUUACCUGGAGGUGAUGAAACUGAAAUUGGUGAGAAAGGAAUCAACCUUUCAGGUGGCCAAAAGCAAAGAGUUAGCUUAGCAAGAGCAUGUUACAGUGAUUCUGAUCUCUACAUAUUAGAUGAUUCAUUGAGUGCAGUUGAUGCUCAUGUUGCUAAACAUAUAUUCAAUAACGUACUUAGUUCAAAAAGUGGCCUUCUUCGGAAUAAAACACGAAUUCUAGUCACAAACAAGUUGGACAUUUUAUCCAAAGUCGAUAGUAUUUAUGUUCUUGCCAAUGGUGAAAUAAGUGAAACUGGUACAUUCCAAGAGCUGAUGGAUUCGAAAGGUGAUUUCUCAGAAUUAGUUGAAGAGUUCACAAAUCUUGCUGCUGAACCAGAGGAAGGUGAACAAUCGCUUAAUGAAUCCUUAGACAAAAAGGAAACUCUAAAAGAAUCAUCAGUUCCAGUUGAUAACAAGAGUAAAAAGUUGAUUGAAGUUGAAUCCUCUGAAACCGGUAAAGUCCGGUGGUCAGUUUAUUUUGAAUAUUUCAAAAUGGUUUCCUUCUUUUGGUUCAUUAUGAUACUCAUUUCCUCAGUCAUUGCAAAUGGUUUAUCACUCGGCUCCAAUGUGUGGCUUUCUGCUUGGACAAGUGCUUCGGACAAUGCUAACUAUACUUUAGAUCAAACCAAAAUGAGACUUCAAGUUUAUGCAGCUCUUAGUUUCGGACAAGGUAUUGUUACCUUUAUUAGCUCUUUGGUACUCGUUGUUGGUGCUAUUCGUGCUUCAGUUGGUUUUCAUCGAGACUUAUUGUAUCAAAUUUUUCGUUCACCAAUGUCAUUCUUCGAUACAACUCCAACUGGACGGAUUGUCAACAGGUUUUCAAAAGAUAUCGAUACCGUCGAUUCAGUUAUCCCGCAAAACCUAAAGUCUUGGUUAUUAUGCUUCUUUCAAAUGUUAGCCACUUUCGUGAUAAUUUCCUACAGCACACCUCUGUUCAUCGUUGCCUUCGUCCCAGUCUGUUGUGUUUAUGCAUUCAUACAACGCAUCUAUGUCACCUCAUCUCGUCAACUCAAGCGACUUGAAUCCGUCACUCGAUCUCCGAUUUAUUCACAUUUUGGAGAAACUUUGAAUGGAGUCAGUACUAUACGAGCAUUUGAUGUUUCCGAUAGAUUCAUUCAAGAAUUAGCAGAUAAAAUUGAUCACAAUCUAUGCUGUUAUUAUCCAAGCAUUAUCGCAAAUAAAUGGCUAGGAAUAAGACUAGAGUUCUGUGGAACCAUUCUUCUACUAUUCGCUGGAAUAUUCGCUGUCAUUUCCCGAGAAACACUCGAUAGUGGAACAGUCGGUCUUUCCAUUUUGUAUGCUUCGAGCAUUACAGCUACUUUGAAUUGGCUGGUUCGAUCGUCUUCCAGUUUAGAAACUAAUAUUGUAGCCGUUGAACGAAUAUUGGAAUACUGUAAAAUAAAAAGUGAAGCUGAUUGGUAUGAAGCUAAAGUUAAACCAGAUGAUAAUUGGCCUGAAAAAGGAUCCAUUAAAUUUAAUAAUUACGAGACUCGUUAUAGAGAAGGAACUGAAUUGGUUUUAAAAGGUAUAACAGCAGAUAUUAAAUCAAAGGAAAAGAUUGGAAUCGUUGGUAGAACUGGUGCCGGUAAAUCAACAGUAACAUUAUCAUUAUUUAGAUUGAUUGAACCUGCUGGAGGAAAUAUUUUUAUUGAUCAAUACAAUAUCAGUGAUUUACCUCUGCACCCGUUGAGAUCUCGUCUCGCAAUUAUACCACAAGAUCCAGUCCUUUUUGGUGGUACAUUGAGAUUCAAUGUUGAUCCAUUCAAUAGAUAUUCUGAUGAUGAGAUAUGGGAUGCUCUAUCCCAUGCACAUCUGAAAGAUUUUGUAUCAAAUACCGGUGAAGGUCUUAAUUAUUCAAUUGCUGAAGAAGGUAAAAAUUUAAGUGUUGGUCAAAGGCAACUUUUAUGUUUAGCAAGAGCUUUACUCAAAAAACCAAAAAUUUUAUUUCUCGAUGAAGCUACUGCUGCAAUUGAUUACGAGACUGAUUCACUGAUUCAAAAGACAAUUCGUAGUGAAUUCAAAGAUUGUACAAUUUUAACAAUUGCUCAUCGUCUAAAUACAAUAAUGGAUUCUGAUAGAGUUUUGGUUCUGGAUAAAGGAAAAGUUGCUGAAUUUGAUACACCUGAAGCUUUGUUGGAUAAAAAAGAUUCAAUUUUCUAUUCACUAGCCAAAGAAGCAAAUCUUGUCUUGUGAUUUUGUUUUUGUUUAUAAGCCAGUGGAACCAAAAAUUUAGACAAUUUUUUUGCUGAUUAUUCAGCAACCAGAUUAGUUAAAGAAUUGAUUUUUUUAAUUUUCAAUAAUUGAAUACUAAUGAUAUUAGCUACUUUUGCUAUUCUUAUUCUACCUCCAUGUAAAAUAGUCUGAAUUAUCUGUCAAAUUUUUCAGGCUUAAGUUAGGUUGCUCGAUACCUGAAAAAUGGUGCCUUUAAGUCGCAUUCUGUCGCAAAUUUUUGGUUCCAACUUAUAUUGAUUUUUGAUGAUUAAUUUUGUAUAAGUUUUGUUAUAAAGUGCUGGGAAUAAUAUAAAUCUCAGCAAUAAAUAACGUUUAAAAUCUCGCUUUGAGAUACUACAGUAAUUAUCAAAUUUAAUAAAGAAGCGAUGUUAAUCAA